AAUUUGGCUUAAUUUGUGAAAAACCCCGUCUCAUCUCCUUCCCGUAUCUCCUUCCGAAAUACUCCCAAGACUAAAGAACUUCGAAGGUGCGAUUGAAGACCCAAUUAAAAUUGGGGUUCUAUGUCUAUUCGAUCAUCUCCUUCCAGAAAUACCCCCAAGAGAGUCUGAAGGACACUUCGAAGGUGCGAUUGAAAGGUUUAAUCGAUGGUGCUGCUGAUUGAUUCUCUGUUUCGAAGGUGCGAUUGAAGAGACAGGAAACGUGAUGAGUAAUGUUUCUUACAGUGUCGUACGAGUUGCAUUGCUUGGGUGGAAAUGCAUCCUCCUUUGACGCUACACAGGCACCCGAUGUGUGCCGAAAUUAUCGAGCAAUUCCAAAAGUGUCAUCUAGAUCAUCCUAUUGGAAAAUUCUUUGGCGAAUGCACUGAUCUCAAAAUAAAGCUUGAUCUCUGUUUCCGACAGGAAAAAGCAUUGAAGCGAAAGGCGAAUUUCGAAGAGAGUAAGAAACUGAAAGAGAGGCUACAAGCUCACAGAAAGGAAAUAAUGAGAGAAGAUCUGAAGUGAGAUGAUUUAUGAAAUUUUGGUUGUUUUGAAGUUAUUGUGGAGGCUUUUAUAGUGUGAUAGCGAAUACCUCAGAAGAUGACCCAUGUCACGGUGCAUUGUGAUAGCAAAUUCAUCUGUUAAUAAAUUUUAGAGACAUUAAUUUUAUAGUGUAAGAAUUAUUUAUUCACCAAGAAGAUUUGUAAUAAUGCAAAGGAAGCCAAUGGAAGUUCUGAUAUUUGAGAACUUGUUGGGGACCAAAUAACAAAAGAUGUUGAAAAUUUUCUGAUUUGUUUCCCAA